AUGUCUUCUCCAGGUGGCGCUGCUUCAAACGACGCUACGGGCGAGGGUACCGCCCUUCUUCCGAACAAGGCUUCCCCUACAAGACGGCGCGAGUCCUUCAGCAUCGGUCGCCUCAUCAACCCUUUCCGAGGAGGCGGCACACCCAAUGGCCAGCGAAACAGCACUGACUCUCGACAGGACUGGGACGCACGCCGCCCGAGCAAUGCGCUCGAUCCCACCAGCCCCGAGUCCGCUUUUCCGGCGCAGCAGCGUAGGCGUUCCAACAACGCCAACAAGUUCCCUCGAUCCGUUACUUUUGACUCUCCGCAUUCGUCCUUCCCUCCAGGACCCAAACAGGAGCGCACCAGAGUAGCCAGCUAUCAUCCACCCGGCAACCAUCGCGCCACCAUGGACGACGACACCGACUCGGGCUACGAUCUCGAACGCCAAGGCGCGGCAUGGAGCCGUCGUAGCGUCAACUCGUCCGCUUUCAGCCACCUUGAAGGACGUAGCUACCGCUUUCAACCGUCUCAGGAUCCGGGUCCGAACGCCAGUCCCUUGGUACCUAGCUCCUACACCGCUACCUCUUCCUCGAUUCGAGACGAAACUGCCCAAUUGGCAGGCAUGAUCAUGUCCGACGACGAAGGCACGGGCAGCGUCAACGGCUCGCACAUCUACGACAUUGGCGAGGAAGACGACGCAGAUUCCUCGCCUGCUUCACAGCUCUUCCCUCCCUCACGCUUCAACAGGGCAUCCAGCGACGUGAGCCCCACCACUUCUCCCAUUGCUUCGUAUGGUGUCAACCAGGCUGGCCCGAGCAACUUGACUCGUGCCAUGGCCGCAUCUCAAGCAACCAGCCCGCAGAGCGCCAAGACUGCUAUUCCAGUCAACGACGACGAUGGCAGUCAGUCGACGCCCCGUGUCACAUCCGUUCUCGGCUUUACGCACGCCGUUGCGACGCCGCAAACGUUGGCACAAGACGAGGAACGCAAGGACAAGAGCUUGGGUGCUACCGAUGAAGAUCUUGCCAAGCUGGCCGAGCAUCGACCCACCUCUCGUAGUCGGUCGCGUUCGUCGAAGAAUGAUGGCCCAGCAUCGGCGGAUCGCUCGCGCUCGCGAGAGCCAGCCGCAUCCGAGGCGACGGGCCACUCUUCCUUCAGUCAAGUCAGCCAUCCUAGUCUAUCAGAGCACCAACGAGCCGGGAUUGGGUAUGGUGCUCUUGCGCAAGCCGAACAGUCGGUCCUCGAGGCGGAACACGGCAUCCUUCGACCUGGGCGUAGAGCAUCCCAGCAUCGCCCGGAACCCUUCAAGACACUCUCGCCCUGGUGGGCAUUCCUGCCCAAAGGUUGGAGACCGGGCCAAGGCGAAGUCCCCCCUCGAAAGUUCAACCCGAUGCAGCAUGCGCACGACCUUGCAGCUUCUGCCCGCCAAAUCACAUGGAAGUCGGCGGCGGAAGCCAGCGUUGAGCCGAUCCGCUUGCUUCCUGCCGUCAUCCUCGGCAUGCUUAUGAACGUGCUCGACGGCGUCUCAUACGGAAUGAUCAUGUUCCCUGCCGCCUACCCGAUCUUUGCCAAUUUCGGCGGAGAUGGCGUGUCCAUGUUCUUUGUCACUUGCAUCCUGUCUCAACUGGUUUACACGCUGGGAGGAUCCAUCUUCAAGGGGGGAAACGGUAGCAUGAUGAUCGAGGUUGUGCCCUUCUUCCACAUUCUGGUGCGCAUCAUCAUCGAAGAGUUGGGGGAUGAGAAUCCCAAGGCGGUGAUCGCAACCACCAUGGUGGCUUUUGCGCUCUCGUCGAUCUUGACCGGUCUGGCUUUCUUGCUGCUCGGCGCGCUGCGACUGGGUGUGCUUAUCGGAUUCUUCCCCCGGCAUAUCUUGGUUGGAUGCAUUGGAGGUGUUGGCAUUUUCCUUAUCGAGACGGGCUUGGAAGUGUGCAGUCGGCUUCAGUCCGAGGAUGGAUUCCAGUACGACCUCGAGACGCUGCGCUUCUUCUUCCAGUCGGGCCACAUGAUUGCGCUGUGGUUGCCACCCCUACUGCUGGCUAUUCUGCUGCGCGUCAUCACUUCGCGCUUCCACCACCCGCUCAUCUUCCCAGGGUAUUUCCUCAUGAUUCCCGUUCUUUUUUACGUCGUCACUACGGGCAUCCUCGGCAUUCCCAUCCAGCAGCUGCGCAACGAUGGCUGGGUGUUCGACAUUGGCGAGUCAGCGAGCAAGGCGGCAUUCUACCGCUUCUACACCUACUUUGACUUCAGUCAGACGAGCUGGCGAGCGCUGUGGGCCACCAUGCCUACGCAGCUGGCGCUCGUGUUCUUCGGCAUCCUGCAUGUGCCGCUCAACGUGCCCGCGCUGGGUGUCAGCAUCAACGAGGACAAUGUCGAUACGGAUCGCGAGCUGGUCGCGCACGGUAUCUCGAACCUCGUGGCUGGUCUGAUCGGUACGGUGCCCAACUAUCUGUGUUAUGUCAACAGCGUGCUGUUUUACCGCGUCGGCGGUGGGUCGAGGCUGAGUGGGUUGAUGCUCGCCGGCGGAACGGCGAUCAUCAUGAUCGCUGGUCCCGGGACUAUCAGCUACUUGCCCAUCAUGAUCGUGGGCGCGCUCAUCUUCGUGCUGGGUAUCGAUCUGGCCAAAGAGGCGCUCUACGAUACGGUCGGGAGAGUCAACACCUGGGAGUAUCUGACGAUCUGGGUAAUCGUCAUCGUGAUGACCUACUGGGAUUUCGUGAUUGGUAUCCUUGCUGGCAUUAUCAUUGCGUGCUUCUUCUUUGUGGUGCAGACGUCGCGCAGGAAGACGGUGCGCGCCAUUUUUGACGGCAGUGUAGCGCGCAGUACUGUACGACGCCACAUGAUUCAACGUCACUUCCUGGAUGAAGUCGGAACGCAGACGCAGAUCAUUAAGCUGCAAGGGUUCCUGUUCUUUGGAACGAUCAAUUCGGUCGAGGACUUGAUCCGGCGCGCGCUGGACAUAGCUGCGUGGAAUCAGAACCCUAUUAGGUUCCUCAUUGUCGACUACACGCUCGUCAGCGGCGUCGACUUCUCGGCAGCUGAAGCGUUCCUGCGCAUCAACCGGCUGCUAAUGGCCAAAGACGUUCUGCUCGUCUUCUGCGGCCUCAAUCCGGACAGUGACGUAGGCGUAGCGCUGCGCAGCGUCGACCUGUGGGCGGACCGGAGCGAAAACCUUGAAGUGUUCGCCAACCUCAACGAAGCGCUCGAGUGGACCGAGAACGAGUAUCUGAGAGGGAUGUACGCAUCGAGCCUGAUGGCGGCCAAAGCGUUCGGUCAGGCGUCGAUGGCCGAGGCGGGUGGGUUGACGGUGCCGCAGAAGCGGAAGCCGGCGUUUGUGCUGGACCACUCGUAUGAGAAUUCGCCGAGGCGGCAUCAUUUGCACGAGGCGGCCAAGACGGCGGUGCGCAGCGAGCGGACUACGCCUAUUUCAGAGAUCGUGCCUGCUUGGCCAUCGACGCACAACGGAAACGAGGGUGAGGCUCAGGGGGACGGUGGAGAAGCAACAUCCGAAGCGAACCCUACGUCCACACAGCCUCCACAUCACGCACAGCAGCAGCAACCGUUCCCACUGCUCAACAUUACGUUCCGCGCAUACCUCAACGGACACACGCCGCUCGCAUCGGAAGAGGCAUUCUUCUCGUCGCUCGUCCCCUACUUCACGCUCCUGCGCAAGAACCGCGGCGACGUGCUGUGGAGCCGCGGCGACCCCGCCGAUGCCGUCUACCUCAUCGAGUCCGGAAUUAUCAAAGCGCGGUACGAUUUCCCGCAAGAGCAAUACGAGAUCAACGAGGCUAUGCUGGCCGGUACUAUUGCGGGCGAGCUGACGUUCCUCUCGAGGAAGGAGCGCAACACCACAGCGUACGCCGACACGGACGCCAAGCUGUGGAUGCUCGAUCUGGCUAGUCUGGAGAGGAUGCACAAGGAGGUACCCGAAAGCCACCAGUGCUUUGUCGAGAUUCUGCUGAGGGUGGCGGGCGAUGAGCAGGAGAGCCUGAUGAGUUACUUGGUGUCUAGGUUGAGUUGA